AUUUUGUCAUCUUCCGAUGACACCAGAUGAACCUCAUCCAAUGAAUCAAAACAUUUUAAUCAGCAAUGGUAAAUACUUAACAAUUUAAUGGGUGUUUUUAAUCAGCAAUGGUAAUGAUUCAACUAUUUCAAUUUUUUAAAACAUUUUUUAGACCACAACCUUAUUUGUUUUUGUUUUUUUAAAAGUAAUUUUAAAAAGGACCAUUUCUUUUCUUCUUCUUCUAUAUCUUAAGGGCCCACGAUCAAUUUAUUGAUCAUUUUGGCUCCUAUGCAUGUAGAUGGGAUUUGCAAUGUUUCUGUUACUGGUGGUGAUGAGGAAAUUAUGCACUAGGGGUUUGGAGGCUUGAGGCAAUAGACACAAAUGUGUCUAGUGUUGUCGCCUCAACCGUUCCUUUUGAAAAGUAAACUUCAACAAAUUGUAUGAACUCAAUAAGUCGUGGCAUUUAUGUUAAUAUCUCCCUAUGCUCUAAUCCCUGGGAGAUGCAGCAUAUUUUUGGGAGGCUAUAAAAUUAGAAUAAAAGAUUUUUUGUAGACUGUAGAUAAAAUGAGCAGUUUUCUGAAUAAAUAACAGGGAUGGGGGCCAUUGAGCUAAAUAAAAUGUUACAGAGGGCCACAUGUAAAUGCAGGUUGACAAAUGCAGCUCUCAUCCAAUCAAUCUAUCAGUUUCCACAGUACAAUUUUCUUUUUCAAAUGAGGUUGAGUUCUGACCACACAAAUUCCAAGAGAUUUGUAAACAUAUAAAAACAAGUUCAGAUUCCCACAAACUGAUAGAUAAAUACAUGCAUCUCCAAAUGAUGAAUAGCUAAUUUACUUGCCAAACAUUUCAGACUCUCAUAAUUCCGUUUCUGAUUCACUAAAAUUGAAUGCUUCCUACAGGAAUUCUGAUCAUACUUUUUGACAUUCUUGUUCAAGAAGUUGAUAUAAAACUUUUU